UCAUGACUUCCCAGCAACAGUCGAGCACCAGGAGUUGCUGUAGAGUUGCCUCAACCAUUGUGACCAUUGCAACUAUGCGCAAACGCACAGCUUGUCUUCUUCGGUGGCUUUAAAAGAAGCAUCUCCUUGUUUCUUCAGCCCCAUCGCUGAAGGAAUAAUGGGGGACUGAAGACAGUAUAUUCAUUAUGCUUUCUGUUGUGGAAAAUUGCAAAUGCAUUCUAGGUAUUUACAAGGCAUGCUUGUGUAAAUAUGUAUUGAGAAAGUGUUAUACGUAAAACAUGUUCAAUAUGAAGCUGUCAGUUAUGCUAUGGCAGCAAAGCAUUUGUAUGCCAAGGGGUUUCUUUACCUCUUUUUCCGUUGUUGACAUCUUUUGUUUAUUUUGGCUUUGUCAUUUUAAAUGCACUGCCCUUGUUGAUGCAGAAGAGUCGUGUUUUAAUACAGCAGUCAGGCAGAUUUUCUUCAUACUUUGUUUUCAUUAUUGGUGUUUUGCAUUAUCUGUGUGGACUAUAUUGUGUGUAUGUCCGUGCGUGUAUGUGACCGCGUUCUGCUCGUGAAAAUUGCAUGCAUCUGAUUUGUGCACUGAUCUUGUGAGCUGCUUGUCUUGAAUCAAGCUGGCUCUUGCAGUGCAAGACAUAUCUCUUUGCAAAGUUAGCUUCAUUGUGUACUUUUUAUCUGUGUAUUCAUUAAGGUUAUUCAUGUGUUCUAUGCUUAACGAAUAAAAAUAUGACGCACCAAUGUAGCUAAAUAAUCCAUAUGAAAAAGAGCAUUGAUUCUGCAACAUAUAGCUGUCCAUGGUAUGCAGAUUUAGUAACUGUUAAACAUUGGUGUGUGAUCUAGAUGUGGAGCAGAAAUGUGCACAAUCUACUCAGAACCCUGUUGUAGUAUUGUGUCUUAACGGCCACCACCUCAUGAUGCAUAUGUUGCCAACGACAAUGUUAUAUUACGAGGUGUUGUGCAGUAAUAGGGGAGAGAAUACCUAGCCAGGAAACCACAAAACAGUUUAAACGUUGCACACUGAACCAAAAGUAACUGGUCUCAGUUCAAAGCUGCAUUGUGCUAGCAUUGUGAUCACCUGAGGAACCAUGUACUGUGUUGCAUCUUGUAUUAAAAAACGGUUGCCCUUUUAUGGUCAGUAGACAGGGGCCACCUCAAGUGUAUGUGCUUGUGACGCCAGCAACAGUUUUUUUUCACUAAGGGGCUUAUGCUUAUAUACCAGGCUGCUUGUUUCAUAGCGUUUCUCAGAAACAGAGAACUCAAAACCCAACAGCAGCAACUUACACUGAUACUACACUCACUGUACUCUCACUUUAUUUUUUUUACUAUGUGAAAUCUUUUCUUGGCGAAAAUAUGGGGCAAUUUCAUAAACUGGGUCACUAGGUAAUCACAUAUAAAUUUAUUAGUCAAAUAAAAAAAACGUCAAACUGCCAGGCGCAGUUUGGUCUGAUCCAAAAUUACCCUAUCAAUACUUCUUGAAUGAGGAUAAAAGCAAUCUUUAGCAUUAGUAUCAAUGUUAUUUCAUUGUCAUUUUGUAAUUAGCUUUGUUUUCUAACAAAAAUCGUUACUAUGGUAACCUGUCUUAAUUUUUAUGCAGCAUCGAGGCCUACCAGCUGUCAAACUGCAACUACGAAUAGUGAGAAGCCGCAUCAGGGAUGUCGCCACCACUGUAACUUGUGUGACUACAAGACUAAUAGCCUGUACCGUCUGAGAACACACAUCAUGGUCCAUACAGGCGAGCGGCCAUUUGAAUGCCAUUUGUGCCCUCAGAGCUUCUCACUGAAGAGUACUCUCAAUGUACAUCUGCGCUCUCACACAGGCGAGAGGCCAUUUAAUUUCCCUUCAUGCCAUCAGCGCUUGCAUAAACCCAAAUUGAAUGAUCACCUGCGCACUCACACAGGCGAGAGGCCAUUUCAGUGCCCUUCAUGCCCUCGGAGCUUCCAACAAAAGGGUAAUCUCAAUGUACACCUGCGCAUUCACACAGGCAAGAGGCCAUUUCAGUGCCCUUCAUGCCCUCGGAGCUUCCAACAAAAGGGUAAUCUCAAUGUACACCUGCGCACUCACUCAGGCAAGAGGCCAUUUCAGUGCCCUUCAUGCCCUCGGAGCUUCCAACAAAAGAGCCAUAUCGAUGCACACCUGCGCAUUCACACAGGCGAGAGGCCGUUUCAGUGCCCUUCAUGCCCUCAGAGCUUCCAACAAAAGAGCCAUAUCGAUGCCCACCUGCGCAUUCACACAGGCGAGAGGCCGUUUCAGUGUCCUUCAUGCCCUCAGAGCUUCCAACAAAAGAGCCAUAUCGAUGCACACCUGCGCAUUCACACAGGCGAGAGGCCGUUUCAGUGCCCUUCAUGCCCUCAGAGCUUCCAACAAAAGAGCCAUCUCGAUGCACACCUGCGCAUUCACACAGGCGAGAGGCCGUUCCAGUGCCCUUCAUGCCCUCAGAGCUUCCAACAACACAGCCAUCUCAAUGCACACCUGCGCGUUCACACAGGCAAUAGGCCGUUUCAGUGCCCUUCAUGCCCUACGACCUUUACAUGUAGAAGCAACCUCAAUAAGCACCUGUGCCAUCACAAGGGCAAGCGACCCUUUCCAUGCUAGUUCUGUUUUCAGAGCUGUUUUGUAAACAGCACAUUUUACUUGUCAUUCAAGAACGCCUUGCGAGUGCUAAGCAAGUUGUGCAAGACAAAUACGAAGCUGUGUGUCUAUUUGCCAUUGCUAAGUAUGCAUGAAUAUCCAAUAGAAGAUUUCGAAUUGAACAUUGAAUUGACACAACUGGUCUCUGGGGUUUACUGGGCUUAAUCGAUCAAGAGCUCUCUGGCUCUCUAGAUCUUCACUAGCUAUACAUUUGUUAAUUUUCCUGCAUCUGUGUGACUGUGCCUUCAGCAGUGUAGUUUCGGGCACAGUGAGAUAUAUUUUUUUCCUAAGGUCAUAAUUUUGGUGCCUCAAAGGUCUAUUACGUGUAUGGGUGCUUGGAGCUUUGUUCGUUCUGAUAUUUCACCUUUUUUUUUAUUAUCUUCUUGCGUAUGCAUUCUACUUUGCAGUAAAUAAGCAUUCAAAGCAUCUAUUACGAUUUGUGCAAGUUUGUUUCGACUGACUCAAUAAAUGACUGUUUCGUGAAUGUGCAUUGUUAAUUCUCGAUAUUUCAACCCUUGCAGUAAUAGUAGCUCGCAGUAUUUUAUAUAAUGACCUAGUGUUUGUGUUGAACAUGCCAGGAGAAGUUGAGUAGUGGCACCUGCAACUACAUCUAUUAUUGCCAUUUAAUGCAGUUCUUAUUUAUUUCAUUUGCCAGAGCGUCAAUUGGCAUUACAAUGGGGAGAAUUCACUAUACAAAUCCAGAAAAACAAUGCAGACAGAGGAAAACUAGCCAUGAAAUUAUACAAGCUAAACAUCAAGGAUGCAACUAAAUAUAUGAAUAAAACGUCAUCACUAAAAAUUGAAAAAAACUUGCACACAUAAAAUGCUACAAGGAUGUAAUAAACACAUUAUUUCAAAUAGUAGGGUAGCUUGUUCCACUCAGAUACUUGAAGAAAGAAUUACAUUCAAAACAGCUUUGUUCUACAUCAAACUUCUCCAGCUUUGUUCACAUCAUCUGCACGGUUGGACACCUAAUCUAGUUGCAAUAUGUGUCAGUCUCUCUUUAAACAGAAAAAUUUGUUGUGAAGAAAAUGUUUGUCUGUAUUUUUCUUUGCUCCUGUAAGAUUUUCCAUUUGAAAUUUUCUUUAGCUCUAUAUAUGCUACAUUCUUGAGUUUAGUUAUUUAGUUAUUAAAGCAAAGUGGACUCUGUGUCCAGCACAGUCCACUAAUACCACACCAUAAAUUCGUACUGAAGUAGUGGCCACACGUAAGUUUUUAUAAAGGUAUUUCGUUUCUUGUGUCAUGUGCCAUUUCCCGAGUAAUCCUUGAACAGUACAUGCUUCACCAGUGAUGUGACCGAUAUGACGACGCCAGGUGACUUGUGGUGACAAAAGGACUCCAGGGUAUUUAUACUCGUAAACUUGGUCAAACAAAGUCAUGAGCCUGUAGCAGUACCGACGAGGCAAUCCACCGAAAGAUGGGACAGAGCUACCGCCGACGCCGUCCACGUUCCGUCCGCAUUUCCCUGCGUUCACGCCAAACGCGCGCUGUGCCCGCAACUACAUGCAGUGUAUCUGACGGUGGCUCGACAGGUUUGGACAGUGGAAGGAGAGUUCGACUCACUCAUCGUGUAGCGUCAGAUGUCGCUGCCUAUUCUCCAUCGCGCAACGUUUCUGAUGCAAGUUCCUGCUGUAUAUCUGUGUUUACUUGUUUUUACGCAGUUGCAUCUCAUAAACACAUGCACGCGACAUUUACAAUCAUUUUUCUUUUUUUUUCUUGGAGAGCUAUACAGCCGACUUCCGUUAAUUUGACCUUGACAGCAACAAUGAAAUUGAGAAUUUAUCCGGCGGGUCGAAUUAAACAAGAUUACAAAAAAAAAAAAGCCUAAACACACUGCCAAUUCAUUUGGCAGUAAUUGCCCCAUUCUAACACGCCCCAAAAUCGAACCCGCGCCCACAUUCUGUGUCCAAAUGAGUAAACUAAUGUAGAAAUGACAUUAAAGCUCCUAAACAAAGUGCAGAGCUAAAGUGGAUUCGAUUUUUUUAGCAAGAAAUCUUGUUGCACAAUAGCCGACUGUUUCCUAAAGUAAGCUUUGCUGCCCAUUCAUAUUUAAGUCAGAUUCGCUGCAAUACAUGCGUCUGAUGCGGGAAAACAUGCAAACGUUGCAGAGGCAGUUUUAGUUACAUGUCCGAUUGGGUACCAUGCAAACAACUUCCGGCUCAAUUUUAUCUUGAAAAAAAAAGGCACACAUUAGAGGCAGGUAAAUACGUUAUGUAAUCAAACAUUGUGAGAUGUGGUUCUUGCUUGAAUACCUUCCUAGAGUGGGCCGCAAAUAGGUAUUUUCAAUGAGAGGUGGCGUGUGUUCAAUGCAUUUACUGUCUCGUACAAUCUCCUCUGAGACGGACAUUGCCAUUAAAGGGUCACUAUCAGGGUCCCAAUGGAGGUCACACGCGUGCAUGCUGUCCAGUCAAGUUUGAAUUAUGUGGCAAAAGCAUCGAAAUAAGGAGUUUGGGCCCAUAGAAAUACAUGGGCGCAAGCUGGGAACUUUGGCCGGUAUCGAAUUAACCGGAGUAGAAAUAACGGAAGUGUACUGCAUGAACAUUUUCCUAGAUGUGAACUGCAUGUGCGAGUGAUCACAUGACCUGAAAAACCUAUUAAUUUCAUUUUGCAAAGUAGUACAAUCAUCUAUGUUAGUAAUUAUGUUCUACAGCUUAUACAAUUGUCGGCAAAUAGCAGCAAAUAUAUUGACACGUGUACUUGUCUUUAUCGGACGGCACGUUUCACCGCCUAACAAAUAUUAUCGCACAGCGAAGGACGCGUCUGCAUGUAUCGGAAGUUCCUCGAAUGUUAUCGAUGGUUCCAUCUGCUGUCUGUGACCGAACCUUAUUGCAUGUGUGCGCGACGCGAAUAAUGUAGACCUUUGUGAAAGGAACGCGGGUCCCAGUGAUUACUCUGGAACAUUCGACGACUGAUGUAUAAAAGCCGACGCGCUUGACCCGCUCAUCAGAUUUUCGACGACCGCCGACCGUGUUCGCCGCUAUCGUUGUGCUAUAAGUGUAGCCUGUUUUUGUGGGCACAAGUUCGCCCAAUAAAAGUUAGUUUUGUCUUUCA